AUGGAAAGUACCUGGAAUUCCAGCGAGCUUUCAGAAGACACAUCAACGUCCACAAAGCCUUUUGAUAUAUUCCACGUGAUCGCCAACUCUAUCUUGUUCUUAUUCGGGGUGCCUGGCAACUGCCUCAUCCUCCGUGUGUACUGGACUAAGAGCCAUAAGACCAGCACCCACGUUCUUAUUAUGGCCUUAGCCUGGGCCGAUCUUGUCGUCUGCUUGCUGAGGAGCACUGCCAUAGUCCAGCGAAUCUUGGAGCUGAUAGGUGCGGGCGAACAGGCCGCACUAGUGUUUUAUCUUUGGCCCGUGGAGUCCAUCGCAAUCGGUACAUCUAUCGUGAUCACAACGAUCAUUGCAGCGGAUCGCUACGACUGCAUAUGCCGUCCACAACGGCGUUACUUUACCCCCAGACGCGGUAAGAUAGCUGUCGGGGUCGGACUGGUUAUCUCGUUUGGUACCAGCAUCCCAGCUUUCUUGAGGAUCACUGACUUUUACAGCCCAGUCCUGUUCAAGCUGCAGAUGGCUUUCCAGACUGUUGCUUUCGCGAUUGCGCUUGUGGCGAUUGCCGUGUGCUACGGGAAAGUCUACGCCACUAUCAGGAGACACGUGCGGGUCGGGGCCGUUCUUCGACCAACGCGGUCCGACGAAGGGAGUUCGACGCAGGUGCCACACACCACCAUAGCAGUGUCGAUAUCCAAUGUCGACGAAGCGAUGUCGACAUUCGCAAACCAGCCAAGCUCCUCUCAAGCAAGCCCUGGGGUGAAGAUGACGAAGCUGGCGAACGCCGAAAAUGACAGCCAUAUGCCCACACAAACUGUUCCGAACUUGUUGAAACUGCGGCAACCCCAGCACCCAAUGCGAAGAGAUGUCCCGCUUGAGGCAGAUGUACGGGCCUCCUUCGGGAACAGAGACAACAACCAAGCUCCUAGGCCGGCCGAUAACGGGAAUGGACACGCCCCUCAGAGGGUGGGUGCUGCAGUCCUACAGCGUAAGACAACUAGAAUGCUCUUCAUCACCAGUGUGGUGUUCCUCUUGACGUGGACGCCAUACUUCAUCUGGUUCGGUAUGGGGUUAGCAGAAUACGCUGGUGUUGUCCUAGAUGACAUCUCCCGGUAUAUCUCCCAGGAGCUUCUGGUAGCGGUGUACAUCAACAACGCUGUGAACCCGCUCAUCUACGGUCUGGCAAACAGACGGUUCAGGCAGGACUGUAAGGCUGUGCUGAGCAAGUCCAAAUUGUGCACAGUAUGGUCACCUAACAAUUGA